UUGUCACACACACUAGGUGUGGUGACAUUUUCCUCUGCAUUUGACCCUUCCCCUUGUUCACCCCCUGGGAGGUGAGGGGAGCAGCAGUCCUGUCCAGCCAUUCAGGUAAAUCAUAUUGUUGAUUCAGACCUGGGCAAAUUAAGGCCCGAGGGCCGCAUGUGGCCCGUUGAGCUUUUUAAUCUGGCCCGCCGGACAUUCCCAAAUAAUUUUUUUAGAUGUUUAAGAUGGAAAGUGUAGCUGCCAUUACGAUGUGCACUCAUGUUUUCUAAUGACCGUAAGUCUUCAACUAUACUAAGUCUUUCAAUGCUUGGAAUCUGCAUGAUAUACUAGUUACUAUGGUAAUCUAAUUAGUUACUAUGGUCAUCUAAUUAGUUACUUUGGUCACUAUGAGAUAUCUCAGAUUGUAGGUGGGGGUUUUUCUUUACCCUUCUCGUUCAUAUUUCACUAUGUUUGUUGCAUUUUGGUUGUGUUUCGCUUGAUUGUAAAAUAUGUUGUCAAUAUUCAGUGUUUUAUCCUUCAUAGUUAAUAUUGUAAAUCCCACAUUCUUUAUUUUCAUGUACAUUCUGGGUGUCUCAUUCAGUAAAAAAAAAUUCAAAAUCCAUUCCGUUUUUUAAGGCGGUCUGUCAUAACGUUUUUAGCUUUCAAUCAUUAUUGUGAGGUUUUGUAUUAGUGUUCCUAAAAAUAGAUAUACCGGCCCCCAGACACACUUUUUUUUAUCUAAAUCUGGCCCCCCGAGUAAAAUAAUUGCCCAGGCCUGAUGUAGAUUAUCAUAUCUGCGGUAGACUAGACUAGACUAGACUUCCUUUUUAUUGUCAUUCAAAUUUGAACUUUACAGCACAGAUAAGAACAAAAUUUCGUUACUUAAGCUCAUGGUAGUGCAGGAUAAAAAAGCAAUAAGGUGCAUAUAUAAAUAAAUAAAUAUAUAUAUAAAUAAUAUACACAUUUACUUUAGAAAAGAGAAGUGUUAGAUAUGGGGCAGCACGGUGCCAGAGGGGUUAGUGCGUUUGCCUCGAAGGUCCUGAGUUCAAUCCCAUCUUUCUGUGUGGAGUUUGCAUGUUCUCCCCGUGACUGCGUGGGUUCCCUCCGGGUACUCCGGCUUCCUCCCACUUCCAAAGACAUGCACCUGGGGAUAAGUUGAUUGGCAACACUAAAUGGUCCCUAGUGUGUGAAUGUGAGUGUGAAUGUUGUCUGUCUGUGUUGGCCCUGUGAUGAGAUGGCAACUUGUCCAGGGUGUACACCACCUUCCGCCUGAAUGCAACUGAGAUAGGCUCCAGCGACCCCGAAAAGGGACAAGCGGUAGAAAAUGGAUGGAUGGAUGGAUGGAUGGAUGGAAGUGUUAGAUACUUCUCUAGUUGCCUUAUUUGUGUUUGACUUUAUUAAAUGUUUGGGUAGAAUUUUAUAAAACACAACCAGUUUUCUUUUAAAUAAUAUAGAAAUUCAUCAGAGCUGCUUAUCUAUUUUAUGGGGGCGUGUAGUUAUUCAUAGAACUGACACCCAAUGUUAUUAAAAAAAGUAUUGAUCUUGAAUCAAGAAUCGUUUUGAAUCGAAUCGUAUGAUUCCCAAAGAUUCACAGCCCUAUUAGAUAUUUUCAUGAAUUAGAAAGAUUUCUAAUUCAGUGUUAGUUUUUGAGUGGGCCUGGGGCCCCUCUGCAGUGGAAAAGUUUGGUCCCGAGUUAAAAAAGGAUAAGAACCCCUGAUCUAGACCACAAGGACAUGUUUUAAAUGUAGAAUAAAAACACCAUAGAUCCCCUUGAAUGCAAUAGUACAGUAUUCAUGUCGUAAAGACACAAAGUUUUUUUGUCCUCUUCUACUGAUGUGGUAUUACUGGAAUUGGAGCUUGAGUUGAGUUUAAUUGUGUUUGAGAAAAUGCUGAAAGAACGUAGAUAAAUAUAUACUUUAUUAUUCUUCAAAAGAAAAUCACAUUUCCAGCAGCUUUACAAAGUAUCAAGUUCUUUGUUUAUUAUAUGAUAUUUUUAUCAGUUGUAUGAUGCAAUCAGUUAAAAAAAUAAAAAUCUUGGAAAAAUAUUAAAAAAUAUAUUUAAAGAAAAGAUCAAAAGGCAAUUAAAUAUGUUGAGCGCCAAUGUCUUAAGAAAAAGGAAGUAAAUUGUCAUCAGUGCCACUUGUCAAAUCACACAUUUUAAUGAACGAGCUGACCUGAGUUCCACACGGCAGCACAGAAAGAAUCCAUUCUAGUCCAGUUCUUCAUUUUUGAGCUCAUGUUUCAUUGCUGUCCUCGGUGCAGGAUGCCAUCAGACCUCUAAGGUUUCAUCUAAAAAACAGACUUCACUGUCUUUGCAUUGGGCGCUGGAACAAAAAAAGUAGUUGUCAGGCAAUAUACUGCCAUUUAAAAAAAAAAAAAAAAAAAUUAAAUGAAAGAGCCUCAAAUGUGGGCAGGUGGGAUGGACUCCGUGGCUCCUGUGGAUCUCUCCACAUUGAAGCAGGUUGUAAAGGAAGAGAUGGUUCUCCUCACAGCUAAAACCAUGCAAAGGACGGCGGUCUUCGUCACCUUCGGGGGUCUCGUGACCUCCUUGAUCACAACCUUCCUCCCGUUGUGGAAGACGAUGAAUUCGGACCUGAACGAGGUCGAAAACUGGUACUCUGGACUGUGGCACAUGUGUCUCUACACCGAGGAGGUUGGGGUUCAGUGCAAAGCUUAUGACUCCUUGCUGGGACUUCCUGUGGACCUGCAGAUCGCCAGGGUGCUCAUGUUAAUGUCAGUAUGCAUCGGGGCUUUGGCGCUGCUGGUCGCUCUGCCGGGACUGGACGGGGUCCACGUGUGUUUGGACCAGCCUGGAAAGAGGAGACGGCUCCUGGUCUUGGGCGGGGUGCUGGCUUGGGUGUCGGGGUUCAGCACGCUGGUUCCUGUGUCCAUCGUGGCUUACAACACCGUGGUGGAGUUCUGGGACAGAGGUUUUCCCGACGUGAUGCCGCGCUGGGAGCACGGAGAGGCCAUGUUUUCAGGAUGGUUCGGAGGCUUGGCGCUGAUCACUGGAGGAACGCUUUUCUUUGUAGCGGUGUGCAUGGCGGACUACGACACGCACACACAUUGUGUGACGAACAACAACACUCACGUAGCACACAGGACACAACACUACCGCAAGACUGAGGUUUUGUAAUUGUUUCUUCUUUGGUAUUUUUUUCCCUCCUGUCACUUAUUUUAGUGUCACGUCCAAUAUGUGACUUCUGAAUGACGUAUGUUUCUAUAAUUAUGUGAAAUAGAUAUAUAAUUGUGUUGCUUUUGGUCAUUUGCAAGCCAAUCACAUUAAAAUGUUUGAUUUCCUAACCACUUGACGUGAAAAUAAAUGCCGUGGUGCUAGACCUUUGUGCACCCCUAGGGCCCAAAACAGGCAUUGCAUGCGUUCCUUAUGUUAAAGUUAAAGUACCUACUAGGUGUGGCGAAAUUAUUCUCUGCAUUUGACCCAUCACCCUUGAUCACCCCCUGGGAGGUGAGGGGAGCAGUGAGCAGCAGCGGUGGCUGUGCCCGGGAAUCAUUUUUGGUGAUUUCAUGUGUUAGGAUUGUUCAGUUGAAAUUUCACCAGGAAGUUUUUUUCUAAAAGAAAAUGUCAUUGUGUUGUUGAUUACAAUGUUGUAAGAAUAGGAUAUCCAAAUAAAGUAUACACGCUUUUUCUUAAGACCUCUUUCGGCCCAAUUGACUCUUAUUAUAGCUGCUGUUUUUAACAGCCUGUAGUCCUGGUAUAUUACUAUGCUUUAUCCAUGAAAACCAACUGAAUCAAAUUGUUGCCGAUUGAAAAACAAGAUAAUAUUGUUUUGGUCUAAUUGCACCCCUUAAACCAGGUGGUGCCA